AUGGAGGAUCACUAUCUAGCUGCUGCUGCUGCUUGGCUUGUUCAGCUACCGAGGUUGAAGGCAGCUGCCAAAGAUGCCCACAAUGUUGGGUACCCAAAAAAUUGUACACAUAAUCACUCCACCAUUGAAUUGGACGGCUCGGAUGGCACUUCAGAAGCUUCAACGCCAAUUUACAGUUGCGAUCUGUCGGAUCUCCCGACUCAACGCGAGAACCCGCCCCCUCCCCGCUCCCCCCGCCUCCUCACGCGCGAGACGGCGCAGGUUCGAUUCCUGGCCUCCCCGGCUUUUUUUAUCCGAUUUUCAGUCACGGGCGAAUCCUCCAGGCGCAGGUUCGAUUCCUGGCCUUCCCUCCCGACCGCUAGGGCCGGCGGAUCUCGGGGCGGCCGACCUUGGGGCAGCGAGACGCCGAUCUCGGGCCGGCCGCGCCCUAGCCUCCGCUCCCCUUGCGCCGCCACCUUCUCGUGCGGCCGUGGCCUCGACAGAAGCCCCCUACCCGCGGUGCCUCCCUGCGCGGCGGCCCGAGCUGCCUCUCCCGGCGGCGGUGCCCCCCCCCCCCCCCCCCCCGCGGCCCUCCAAGCUCCAACCCUCCCUGCGCUCCUCCCCUCCCCGCCGCCGCCCUCUAUUACAAGAUCCGGCGCGUCAGUGGCCGGGCGGGGUCGACAACGGCAGGAGCGGGCGGCGUCGGCCUGCGGCGGGCCACAGCAUCUGGGAUUCGAUGUCGAGGCCGUGCUGGAGAGCUCCGAGGCGGCCGCAGAUCGAUUCCCCCCAACGGCGAUUUUUGUUCUCCCCCUCACACCCGAGGUUGCAAAGAAUCCUGUGCCCAGCUGCCGCCAUCGCCAUCGCCGUGGGCGAACUCGUGAGUCGCGAGGCUUCUCCGGCCGCUGUCGAGGGCGAAGCCACGCUGGCGCCGAAUCCUCAAUUCCAGCCGGCGUCGAUCUGUGCGGCGACAGGGCCGCAACCCGUCCAGCUCCGCCUAGCGGUCAGUCAGCGGACUCUGCAGAGGGCUCCUGUUCAUGCAGAUCACAGGGCUCUUGUUCGCGAUUCAGAUUCCCCAGCACAACAAUUGAUUUAACUAUAGGGAAUAUCCGAGAAACUGUCAAGUAUGUGACUGGAUCCACAUCGAGAAAGGAAAAAUUCAAGCUAAUUGCACAACAAGACUACAUGAAUGGGAUAGCUCAUACAAGUUCUUACCUUCCUAGGAGGACUGGCAGCAUUGAGUAGCAGAUUGUCUCAAGAUCUUUUAUGACGUUACAAAAAGAGUUUCAGUCUCUCGGACUGAAACCAGUUCCUGGGAUGAGCUCUCCUGUCAGUGCAACUGGAAGUCCUACCAAUGCUAGGGUGGAGACCAUUCUGCACAGAGCACAUGACAUGCUUCAGGCAACUAAUUAUGUUCGAACAUGCUUUACCCUCUAUAGGUGAGUCAGAUUUCCUGCAUUUUAUUUUGCUAUAUUGACUGCUCUGAACUACUGGUAACAUGGCCUUCAACUCUAAUUUGUGUAACCUGUUUCUUGCCAAGAUGAAUUUGCUUUAGUUGGCUGCUCUGAAUUUAUGUGGCCGUGUUGUAGGUGGUCAGGCCUCUGGUUAUUCGAUCUGCAUCUUCUCCUUUUAUUUGUUUGCAUGUUCGUUUCAGCCGGGUGGAUGGAACUGCUUCAUCUGAAAUGGAGCAGCCCCACGAGGGAGUGCUGGCGAAGGUGUCAGAGAUGGUAAAGAGUUGUUGGAGGGCGCCGAGUUCAGGAGGCUCGGCAGAAGUGAAAGUAGCAUUGCAUGUUUUAUUCAUUGAUGAUUACUUAGCAUUUUGCAUCAGUUCAGUCAUUGGAUGGUUUGACCUGCAUGAUUCUUGUUAUUGUUCAAGCACUACCAUAGUGUCAUUACAAUCCAUCUGCUACAAGAAACAUCUAAGGGCAACUUGAUGCAGGGCUUGGGGAAGAAAAAUAUGAAUAGUUGAGACAUAGAUGUUGGCUUCGAUCUUUGACUUCCUUGAACUGGAGAUAUGGUUGUGAAAAGGCUGAAGGAUGCAGCUGCUCCUCGACCAAAUGUUGUCAGAAGCCUGAGGUACCUAUUUCUGAUUAAUAGGGAACUGGCCAAUGAACUUCUUUUGAAAUGUAUGUAAUGUAAUGACUGCGAUGGCACUAUGUACUGAUGAAGCACUAUGUUAUGGUUAUGGAUCCUAUUUGUUCA